CUGAAAGCUGGGAGUCAAUGCGAGCAAAGGGAGGAGGAGGAGGAGGAGGAGAAAGAGUUGGUGGAGAGAUCGAUGAAGUGGCAGGCAGAGAGGCAAGAGGAGGAGGAGGAGGAAAAUCUCACGAGAUAAUGAAAGAAAAAGAGAAGUGCUGCUAACAGAGCGAAAACACGGAGCGUGGACCCGGAGAUUGUCUUAAAAAACAAAAAAAAAAACAGAGAUUUUCAUCUAGAUCCGUUUAUCCUGUUUUGUAUUUUUCAUCUUGUUUCCUCCGUUUGUUGCGCUGUGCGUGUUUUUUUGGUGGAUGUAGCACCCCGGGGCGCAGCGGACCAAUUGUGUGAAUCUGUAGGUCUGCUCAGCGACACAGUGGGAGAAAUGCGCAGGGCGGACAGCAGCCGUGGAUGCGCUCCGACAAGCGGGUAGAAUAAAGGCACAAAAGCGACCGAGGCUCCAGCGGGAGACCCCAGCUGAGCACCACAGACACAAACAGAUGCACAAGUGAGAAUAAAAUAAGACAUCGAGACUCUCCAUGCUGUUCAAAAGUCGUUUUCUGGGACUUUGAGGGAGUUUGAAGACACUAAUUAAUGUUAUCAGAUAAUUAAUUAGAGACCCCGUAAGCCUGGAAAUCAAUUAAUUCACAAAUCAAUAAAUCCAUAGUCUGGUGUAACAAGAGACCUUCCAGACUGUUGACCUGGCUGUUGAACAACAAUAACAAAGAGAGAGCAACAGCAUAGUGGCAAGAAACACAGAUUUAUUUGCUGAAAUUGAAGAUGGAUGGGGGUCUAGGGGAGAUGUCCCUGCACAGCCACUCUGAUCUGGCUCACAGCCAGGAUGGUAGGGCCAUGCUGCACACACGGGACCUCUCGGCUGCCUUCCCCAGGCCUUCCCUCGGGAGCUCCUCCAUGUCUCUGGAACCCGAGCCCCGUCCAUCAGGAUACGACCACUCCAUGUCGGCUCUAGGCUACAGCGGCGACUCCCCGUCCAGUUCUGGGAGCACCUACACCACCCUAACCCCUCUGCAGCCAUUUGAUGACAAGUUCCACCACCAUCAUCACCACCAUCACCCCUGCCUCCCUGUCAGCAAUGUCAUCGGCAGCUUCACCCUCAUGCGAGAGGAUCGAGGCCUCGGCACCAACUUCUACAAUCCGUAUGGAAAGGAGCUGGCUAUGACACAAAGCCUGACACCCCCCACCACCGGUUCAGGCCUGAGCUCCUCCAUGCAUGGCUACGGCAGUCUAGGCAACAGUCCCAAUGGCAAUGGUGGACAGAUGCUCCACAGCGGCUAUGAGGUCCACGGAGGGGGUCUCUUCUGUCGGGCGUCAGAUUUUGGUCGAGAGAUGUCACCCCCAGGACUGGGAGGUGGCGAUGUGUCCAUCGGGCAUCAGCUGAACAAGAUAGAGGCUCACCAGCACACCCCUAACCACCACCCUCACAUCUACAGCCAGCAUUACCAACCUCACCAUCACCCAGGCCAGCAAUCAUCCAAGAUGGGUGAGCACCUGCACUCCUCGUCGCCCGCCUCAUCCUCACCCGGCGAGGGCAUGCUUCCAGGCUCGCAGGGGGGCGGAGGCGGGGAAGAGAUCAACACCCGGGACGUGGCCCAGAGGAUCAUCACAGAGCUGAAGAGGUACAGCAUCCCCCAAGCUAUCUUUGCGGAAAGAGUCCUGUGUAGGUCACAGGGCACGCUGUCUGACCUCCUGAGGAACCCCAAGCCCUGGGGCAAGCUGAAGUCUGGACGUGAGACCUUCAAGAGGAUGUCUCGUUGGCUGCAGGAGCCAGAGUUUCAAAGAAUGGCCUCACUUCGGCUGGAGGCCUGCAAGCGCAAGGAGCAGGAGCAGAGCAAGCUGGAGCGCAAUCAGGGCCCGAAGCGCACUCGGCUGGUGUUCACCGACCUGCAGCGGCGCACGCUCAUGGCCAUCUUCAGGGAGAACCACCGCCCGACCAAAGAACUGCAGGUCACCAUCUCCCAGCAGCUGGGCCUGGAGCUCUCCACAGUCAGCAACUUCUUCAUGAACGCCCGCAGACGCAACCUCAACAAGUGGGCCGACGAGGGCCGUCCUUCUUCCACUGGCUCCUCUGGCUCCAGCGUUUCCUCUUCCGCGGUGUCCUGCAGCACCGCGUGAUGAUGGGGUGUCCUGGAGGUGCGUUGGGGAGGGCGCCGAGAGAACAAGGGGGGCACAUGGACUGGUCUAGGGGGAGACCAGGCGUUACAAAAUGUCCUCCUCGUUAUCAGAAGGAGUGACGGAGCUUUUGCAGAUGAUUUUAUGAAGCAAACCAAAGUCGAUUGCCUCUUUGACAUGGAAAGAGGCAAUGUGUAGAGUGAUAAAAUUGCAGGAUGUGAGGUCCUGCUUGUAUAGUCAAGGGUGGGAAGAUGAGUAACACCCUCACAUAGACACCAUCUCAUUGCAUUAUUUUAAUUAUGUAGAUUAGAGAUAAUGAGGGUAUUGCAAAUCAGGAGGAAGCAUAUUUUGAUGUACCUUCAAUUCUAUUCCCAUCUCUCCAAACGUGACGAAUCAAGAGGUGCCGUUUACUCACACCUGGAGAGCUCCAUCGUGUAAGUUUUUAAUCACAAGUGUUCACAGUUGUCCAAAGAUGUUAAUCCGUCCCCCCAGUUCCCAUUUUUCCUCAAGAAUCAAGGUGAAAGAGGAAAAAAAGGUUUUUUUCUUCAACCUUUUGAUUUUUUGUUUUCUUUUUCAUGAAGUCAAGUUCCCCUUUCUUAGCAUGUGUUUCCAUGGUGAUGGUUCCCAGGACUUUUUUGGUGCUGUUUCAAGUGUGGAGCUUGGAAUAAUAAUCAAGGUGGGAUUCUGUUAAUGUCUGUAAAUCCCAGCCGUCAAUCAUAAACCACCAACGAGAGCAUCUGCAGCGUUUUGUCUGAACGGUCUCGCCUUGAAUUAAUCAGAGGUUUCAGGGGAGACCUUCGACUUGACGCGACGUUAUGCCGGCACAGAAUCAAUAAACACAAGCAGGACGUGGAAACAGACUCGUUGAUGCAACCAUUUUAGCUUUAAGACUGUCGCUGAGCUUCCAAAGAAAAGCUCCUCAGCCAUUUUUGACUCAAAAACCAAGCCACAAAAGAGAGAAGAAAAUGUAAUUUGAACACUAAAGGUUUCGUACAGAAGAGCUACACCUGACACAGUGUAUAGUGAGAUUUUAGUAUUUUUUUCAGCUCAUUUACAAAUAACUACUCACCUCUGCACCAUUCUGAAGUGUUUUUUUAACAGAUGUCUAGAAAAUGGAGGAAUGUGAUCCUUUCUCCCCUUUUUGUACAGAUUUCAAGCACAUUGCUCUAUUUGUAGGAACCAUGUUGGAAGUGUGGGGCAGUUAUUUUCAGCCCUGCUGGAGGUCAUUUUUAAGUUUGUUUUUUAUCUGCAAAGGAAUGGCUUUAACACGCCUUCUUAUAGCCAAAAGCAAAAUCAAAUCAAGAACAUUUAAAAUGCAAUUUCUGAUCUGAUUUAUGGUAUUUAUUACUAUGUUUGUGUAUUUAUUGUUUACCUUUUGUUUUCCUCUGUAUUUAUUUGGCAAUUUAUUUAUGCUAUCUAUAUACUGUAAGUAUUUAUUUAACGAUACUCCGUAUGUCUGUGUGAAACUGAAGACUUUUUCUGAUGGGCACUUUUAGCUGUAGAAUCCCAUCGUAAUACCAAAGAUUAACAUUGCCUCCCUGAAUGUACGACCAGAAUCCCUAAACCCAGUACCUGAUCCCGACCCGAUCCACCAUGUGACGUUCUAUCUCUCUACUCUAAAAGGCCUGGCCUUUUCAUCAUUUUUUUUGUGUGUGUUUUUUUGGUAGAAUAUUGGGGAAUUCUUUACUCUUGCAAAUGUCUCCGCUAUCGUCUCUUAAUGCCAAGGUCAAAGCUUGUUUGAAUGUGAUUAUAUUUAGGAUUAAUUUUGCUAUAGAUAAUGAUGAUGUGGUAUCCCAUGGGUUCACGAGUUGCUUGUGAAAGUUAUAUUUAGACCAAUACCAUGUAGAGGAGUGGGAUGAAGCAUCUGGAGACCUACCUAAAGCACCGUCUGAGGUUUAAAUUAGGAGUCCACCUUGGUCACAUGCAGACAUGCCUGCCACUGCUUGGCUGAACAUGCAUGGUUCUGACCACCGUUUCUUUUCACCGUAACUCCUCAGCAGUGCAGCGCAGACCCUCCUGUCUACAUCCGAUUCAGUGUAAGGUCACCAUCCCAUACAUGCCAAACCCCUCUGACAGGUGUCUCAGUUCCAGCUAGGCAUGGGCUCCCAGUAUUAAUCUUGAUUUCUUUUAUUUCAAACAUACUGAGCAAUUAUUCCUCAGAAGUAUUGAUUGUUGAAGUUAAAUGUAUGAAAUCCAAUCUAAUGGACAACAUAGAAACACAAUGAGUAUAAGCUCACAUUAGGCCAAGUAGAGACAUGCUAGUCGUAGUUUACAUGUUAGGACUUAAAAUAGGGAAAAAUAGUUUUAGUUUAUUAAAAUCAAUUCGGUAAAAUUUUUUAGCUCUAAACUGUGACUAUCAGUUGUUGUUUGUUUUUUUUGCAACUUGAAGUAUUUCCAAACAACUGAAUUUAUCUUUUGCGGCAGAAAGAUAGACGACUUUAAACCAGCUAAUGACAUUUCAUAGCAACAGGUUGGGGAGGGGCAGAGCUGUGUUACUCUGUUGUCCCUGAGUACAUACUGUUAAUCCACUGAGUUCUCAGGCAUCUUGAACUGUAGAAAUAGCAUGAUGGAAAGUGGUCAAAAACCUAGUCUUGGUACAUCCUGAUACCGCUAACCAGCCCAUGCCUUUUUCCAAAACUGUUUUUUAGUUUACUCCUGCUCUUUCAUGGGUUUUCAUGGAUAUUAAGAAGUGUUUCUCACUUUCAUGGAUUCCUCUGUUGUUUCAGUAUCUCAACAUUUUUCUGCAGGACCUCUGCAGCAUCCUUUACCCCCAAGUGUCUAAGACUCUUUCCUAAUCUCUGAAUAAUUCUGGUAUCUAACUUUUUUUUUUACCAAGCUUCCUUGCAAUUUUAAAGACAUACUGAGCUCAUUUCACUGUCAUCUAGGUUUUGCUGCAAGGGUUUUUCCAGCUGUCAGCAAACUUCAAGAACCCUUCCUAAUGUCCAGGAUUUCUUUUGCCGUUUCUGUGAUCUUCAGAGGUUCUCUGAUCACCUUAUGCAGCACAAAUGUUUGGAUUUCCCACUGUGUUGUUUAUUUGGAAGCAUAAAUCAGGAAACUCACAGAAGACCCCACAGUCUUACCCCCUGAGGAAACGCUUCCAACGAUCAGCCUGGCUGACAAGGCCUUUUUCCAUCCUGAACCCCUCUCUCAUUUUCUCUCUCAUUCUCUGUCUUUAACGCUGAAAAGGGGGCGGAUCGGUGAAGCCCAUUUCACAGCGUGCACUUGAAAGACGAGCGGUCAUGAAAGAGGCCAUCGACUUUUUCGUGGACUUCAAAGUGGAGGCUUUUUUUAUCCUGUCUCGUCUCUGGGUUCCUGGACUGAGGUCUGCUGUUGGCCAGACCUGUGGGCUUUAGGGGGGCAUUCAAAAAGGGGUGGAGGGAGUGGGUGAGACAUCAGAGAGGAGGCUGAAUCAUCCAGGAUGAGGAUGGUAGUGUGUAUGUGUCUAGAAAAAGUAGGAUGGAGGGGGGAGUUGUUUGAGGAACAGGAGGUGUUGGAGUACUGGGGCAUGGAGCUGAAUUAAACUUUAAUGAGUGACAAUUGUAAGCAUGCUGAGGGCUAAGGGGGGGGCAGUGGAAGGGGCGAGUGGUCAAGUCAGUACCAGGGUGAAAAAAAUGAAAAGAAAGAAAAAAGCUUAAAGGCUCUUCUGCCGACCCCUGCUUUCCACUGUCAUCGUAUCAAAGCUGAGGUGACACCUUUCAGGUUUCUCUUUGUCUAUCUGACUGGGAGCCUAAAAUGGAGAAAGAGCUGUUUGUUUUGAGCCACCUUCUGCUCCAUGUCAAGCAGAAAGGAUCUUCCUUCUGCUCUGUUAGCAGAGAGGCUGGCAGGUGAGGGGGCUUAGUGCUGCAGGGGAUUUCUUCUCCUUUUUAGCCUGCGGCCCCCUCUAGUGUCAUCUCCUGAAACUAUCAGACAGAAACCUAGAGAGCAUGUUGAUAGUGAAAUGGCAGAAUUGAAAUCUAAUGCUUUAUUGAGAAUAAAAAAAAAAGUUUUUGUUUUUUUUUUAACGGAAAGAAAACCAAAGAUUAAUGGGUAACUGCUGAUUUUUUUAACAGUUACCCACAAGAGCUGACCCUAGCUCUCAGAGGAUUCAAAAAGCACCGGAGGCAUUGCUGAGUCUUUAUGUUGUAGAAAACAGCUGGAACUGAGAAACUGGCAUGAGGCCGUGUCUUCAGAUGGAAGUCCUUUGGACUUUGGAAACCCCAGUGUCUCUGUGUCUGUCCUUGCCUUCCCACCCUGUGUGUACACAAAGACUUUACCCAUCUACCUCAACUGUGUGAGUUGUUGUGUGGCAAAGAUAUUCCUUAACCAAAGAAUCCAUCCUGUCAGGGUGUCUUUCUGUCUGUCUAUCUAUCUUAUCUAUCUAUCUUGUCUGUCCAUCUGUCUCUUCUUCAUGCCUUUUUGCUCCGAACCAAAUGUGCUGGAAUCAAUCCGAAAUAGGAGCCUGUACGAGGCUCCCAUCCAGCCAAAGCUGAACGCCAGUAUGCUAGAGUCCCAUUGAUCCAUGUUACAUAUAUAUGAAAUCAUUCUCAAGACCAAAAAAGAAGGAGGUGACAAUCUAAGCAAGGAGGUUCUUGCUGUAAUCAACGUUGCCUAUUCCUUGUUUUCCAUAAACUAGAACCAUCCCCGUGAAUCAAGCCUUCACCCCGAAACCAGUAAAAAGGAAAGGUCAAAGGAGACAGAAGCUAUUUUUCCACAUUUGUAAGCCACGCGUUCCCUCCCCCUGUUAUUUCCAACUGUUUAGUGUAGUUGAAAUACUGUUCGAUCCCACUGUUGUAAGUAGGAAAUAAUGAAAUUCAUACAGAAAGCUUUAACUGAGGACGGGCUGAGGGAAAUGUUGGCGCUACCUCAGCUUGGACUCAUGGACCCACCAUGCUUUACUGUGCCAUUCUUGUCCAUGUGUUAGACUUAACUAAUGAAUGUGGCUAACCAACCAAAGGCUUAAAAAAAAAAAAAAAGAUACACAACACUUUAAACAUCAAUCAUGGUGGGACGUUUUGUAUCAACAACUAAAGAAAAAUCCCUUUGAAUACCUCAUGUGAAAAUUGUUUGUUGUGAUGUUGCACUAAAAAAUAAAAAUGACU